UAUCAAAUAGUAGUUUUUAAUUCAGUUUAUGAGUUAAUGCAUGCAAAAUGAACGGUAAUUAUUUAAAUAAUGUUCCUAACAGUAGUGCUAAUAGUUUGAUGGCCAAUACAAACGGAUAUUUGUAUGAAAUUGAUGCCAAUUUUACUAAUGUUGGCAAUGCUGCUGCUUCUGUAGCUUCUAUAGCUCAUAGCCAUCAUACCGGUGCCCAUAAGAUUGACUUUUAUACAUCAAGAAUCAGUCCGUAUUGUAGGGCUGUCAAGAUGUUGGCCACACAUCUCAAUAUACCGUUGAAUGAGAUAUAUAUUAGACCAUACAUUGACACGCAAACAGAUGAGUAUAAAAAAAUAAAUCCAUGCCAUACUGUUCCGGCCCUAAAUGACAAUGGAUUUGUAUUAUGGGAGAGCCGGGCAAUUAUGCAAUACCUGUGCAAUAAGUAUGCACCUGACUCUCCACUCUACCCAAAAGAUCCACAAAUGCGAGCAACUGUGGACAGACUGUUGAACUUUGACCUGAAAACAUUGAGCCACGCAGUUAUAUCAGCACACUUUGAAUUCACGUUACCAAACGAAUACAGUGCCUCCCGGAGCGAUAAAUUUCUUGAGUUAACCGAUUCACUAACAUUUUUGGAGAUAUUUUUAAUUAACAAAGACUAUGUGGCGGGCGAUACCCUAACCAUAGCUGACAUAUCAUUGUUGGCAAACGUAACACUACUGGAAAUUGCUGUCGAGUUUGAUCUGAGUUCCUUCUCAAACAUCUGGGGCUGGUUUAACCGUUUGCGUCGGGAACUACCCUAUUAUGAUAGGCUCACCAAAAUAGCUCACGACGAGUAUCGGGAGCUCAUCAAAAAUAUUAGGGACGCACACGAAGAGUGGUCGGCCGCACAUUUCUGUGCUUUUUGUCCGUGUGAUCAACACGAUGGACACCUCCAUACUAAUGGAUUUUAAUUUAUUAAUUACCAGCACUUAUC